ACUUCCGGAGCAGACCUACUCACCUUGGCGAACUGUACACGGGUGGCCCCUGCUUCUUGUAUCUGCCAGUCGCUGGCUUCCCACAUGGCGGCUGUUCAGGCGCCCUUUCGUUCGACCGCGGUGCGGUAUUUGGCCACGAUUUUUGUCAGCCGCAUUCCCUGGACGGCAGCCGCUAAUGAGCUCAAAGAGCACUUUAGUCAGUUUGGUACUGUACGAAGAUGUUUUCUGCCAUUUGAAAAAGAUACAGGCUUUCAUAAAGGUUGUUGUUGGAUUGGAUUUUCUUCAGAAGAAGAACUUCAAAGAACAUUACAGCAAGAAAGUCAUUUCAUUGAUGGAGUCAAAGUCCAUGUUCAGCGCCAAAGACACAGACGUCAGGAUGUGAAGGAGAAAAUCUGAAUUAGCAUAAAUGUAUUGAUGAACUGGGAAAUAAAAAUGUUACACUAUGGAAA